AUCUGCGUGUCACUUUUCUCAGCUUGUUACGCUUUUACGUGGUAUUGAACCAGAUUGCCAACCCAACCUGUGGGAGCCGCCAUCUUGUACAAGCCGGAUGUUUAUAUGACGCAUGCGCUCUUACAUUUCUACGAUUUAAGCGCCAGAUUCAGUUGUAAAAUCGAACGAUAAUGAAAAGUUAGUGCUUGUCUUAUACGACUAAAAAUGCACAUCAAGUCAAUAGUCAUCGAUGGAUUCAAGUCCUACGCCCAGCGUACCGAAGUCAAUGGAUUCGACCCCUUGUUCAACGCAAUUACUGGAUUAAAUGGGAGCGAAUCCAAUAUUUUGGAUUCGAUCUGUUUCCUGCUGGGAAUAUCAAAUCUAACACAGGUACGAGCAAGCAGUCUGCAAGAAUUGGUGUAUAAAAGUGGCCAAGCUGGAAUAACCAAAGCAACCGUUAGCAUCACAUUUGAUAACAAAGACAAGAAGCAAAGUCCACUGGGCUAUGAACAACAUGAAGAAAUCACUGUUACACGACAGGUUGUGGUUGAAGGACGGAACAAAUACCUAAUUAAUGGCAGUAAUGCCAACAAUACCAGGGUACAGGACUUGUUCCGCUCUGUACAGCUCAACGUCAACAAUCCUCACUUCCUGAUCAUGCAGGGUAGGAUCACCAAGGUCAUCAACAUGAAGCCUCCAGAGAUUUUGUCUAUGAUCGAAGAAGCAACAGGCACCAGGCUGUACGAAAGUAAAAAGGAAGCCGCCCAGAAAACAAUUGAGAAGAAAGACAUGAAACUGAAGGAGAUUGACACUAUAUUGAAGGAAGAAAUUUCACCUACACUGACCAAACUGAAGGAAGAGAGAUCCUCAUAUUUGGAGUACCAGAAAGUAAUACGAGAGUUGGAGCACCUUAACAAACUGGACAUUGCCUACAGAUUUGUUCGUGCUGAGGAAACUUGGAAGAAGUCGGCUACUAAAUUGACAGACAUGGAGGAGUCUAUCAAAGCCUUCCAAAGUAAAAUGAUUGAGGGUGAAGAGAAAAUCAAAGAGUUAUCAGUUGUGAUUGACGAACUAGAGAGGAAAAGGGAUGAGGAAACUGGCAGUGUAUUGGUCGAGCUGGAGAAUAAACUGAAAGAGCAGCAAACCAUGGACACCAAAGCCUCAUCGGCAGUAGACCACAAGAAGCAGGCUCUGAAGGAUGAGGUCAAGAAACAGAAGAGCAUCAUAAAACAGGGAAAUGAGGAUAAAGCUGCCCUGGCAAACAAAGAGAAAGAAGUGGAAAAGAUUCGUUCUGAGGUAGAGAAAUUGGAGAAACAGAGCACAAGUGACCAGGAGGCACAUACUGCUGCUCAGAAACACUACCAGGCUGUGAGCUCUGGUCUCUCCAGUAAUGCUGACGGUGAAGAUGCCACUCUGAAUGACCAGCUCAUGGCUGCCAAGAAUGAUAUAAGCAAGGCUGAGACAGAAACAAAGCAAACUCAAAUGAGGUUAAAACACGCUCAUCAGGAGAUCAAAAAGAAAGAGGCAGAGUUGAAGAAGACAGAGCAGGACUAUAAGAAAGACCUGGCUGCACAGGAAGCUGUGGAGAAAAACAUGGAGAAGUUACAGACUGAGAUGAAGAAACUAGGCUAUGAGGAUGGGAAGGAAGAGAGUUUGUCCAGUGAGAGACGUUCUCUCAGUCAGGAGGUACAACAGCUCAAGGAGACACUGGACCAGCUAGAGGCCAGAUUUCCUCAGCUGCAGUUUGACUACAGAGACCCAGAGAAGAACUUUGACAGGAGUAAGGUGCAUGGGCUGGUGUGUAAACUGGUGAAGCUGAAGCAACCUCAGACUGCAUUAGGGCUGGAAGUGGCUGCUGGGGGCAAGCUCUAUAACGUGAUUGUGGACACAGAAGUGACAGGGAAGAAGCUGCUGCAGAAGGGAGAGCUGAGGAGACGCUACACCAUCAUCCCCCUAAACAAGAUUGCUGGCCGAUCCAUUAAUGCAGAGACAGUCAAACGAGCAGAGAGUUUGGUGGGCAAAGAUAACGUGAACACUGCACUUUCCCUGAUUGGCUAUGAGAAGGACCUACAACCUGCAAUGGAGUUUGUGUUUGGAUCCAGCUUUGUCUGCAAGGAUAUGAACAUUGCAAAGAAAGUAACUUUUGAUGACAAAAUCAUGAAGAAAUCUGUCACCCUGGAUGGAAAUUCUUUUGAUCCUGCUGGCACUCUUACAGGAGGUGCCCGUGCUCAGACUGCUUCCAUUUUGACCAAACUACAAGAGCUGGUGGAAGUAGAACAGAAGCUGAACAGUAAACAGGAGCAGCUGAAACAAGUGGAAAAAGAACUGUACUCACUGAAGACUGUGGCUGACAGGUAUGGGCAGCUGAAGCAACAGUACGAGCUGAAGGUCCAUGAGGCCUCACUGGUUAAGUCACGCCUAGAGAAGAGCACCCACCACCAGCAGCUUGAAGAGGUUAAUGCUCUCAAACAGUCUGUAGAGGAGCAAAAGGAGAUUUUGUCAAAUGCUGAGGAAGUGCAGAAAAAGGCCAAGGACAAACUGAAGGACCUUCAGGACAAGCUAAAAAAUGCCAAAGCUCUGCGAGAAACUGAACUGAAGAGAGCUGAAGAGGAAGUCACGAAGGCCAAGAAAAAGCUGGAACAGUCUAAUAAAGAGACCAAACUAAAACAACAGGAGAUGGAAAGUUUGCGCCUUGAAAAAGAAGAGCUGGAGAAAGACAUUGCUAAUGGUGAGGAGCAGCUGAAGACUGUUGAGGAGGCAAUAAGAGAGUAUGAGGAGCAGAUCCCCCAGCUGCAGCAAGCUUCCUCAGAGACAAAGAAGGCUGUGAAGGAUGCCCAGGCUGAGGUUAAUGCACAGAAAGACCGAUUAAAAUCAUGUAACAAGGACAUUAGCGAUAAAAUAAAUGAAACUAAAUCUCUUCGCAAAGACAUUGGGGCCUCUGAGGUGAAGAUACAAGAUUUAAAACACAAACUUAAGGAAGAGUCUCAGAAGCUGGUGCUCAGAUUGAGGGAUUUAUUGAAGAGAUAUGACUGGAUUGUGGACGAGAAGAAAUAUUUUGGUCAGCAAAACACAGCAUAUGAUUUUGAGACAAACGAUCCAAAGGAAGCUCAGCGGAGAAUUCAGAAACUACAGGAGACAAAGAAAAAGCUGUCUACUAGUGUGAAUAUGAGAGCCAUGAACAUGCUUGGCAAGGCAGAGGAACAAUACAAUGAUCUGAUGAAGAAGAGGAAGAUUGUGCUGAAUGACAAGAACAAAAUCGCAGCUGUCAUUACUGAACUGGAUAAAAAGAAGAACGAAGCUUUACAGAAAGCAUGGGAACAAGUUAAUAAGGACUUUGGUUCAAUAUUCUCCACUCUGUUACCGGGCACCCAAGCCAAGUUGUCUCCUCCUGAGGGUCAGACUGUUCUUGAUGGACUCAUAGUUAGUGGCUUCGGAGACGUAUGGAAGGAGUCGCUCCACGAACUGAGUGGAGGCCAGAGAUCUCUGGUGGCCUUGUCCCUAAUCUUGGCCAUGCUUCUCUAACCUGCCCCUAUAUACAUCCUGGAUGAGGUGGAUGCUGCCCUGGACCUCUCCCACACACAGAACAUCGGCCAGAUGAUCAACUCUCACUUCAAACACUCACAGUUCAUUGUGGUGUCUCUCAAGGAUGGAAUGUUCAACAAUGCCAAUGUAUUGUUCAAGACCAAGUUCAUUGAUGGGGUGUCCACGGUGACACGCUACGUACAGCAUCAUACCUCCAAAAGCAUAUCUUCAUCAGUUAGUGGAGAGGAAAAUGAGAACGCAGCUCGCAAAAAGAAAACAUCUUCCAAAAGAGCCAGAUUACAGAGUGGAGCAGUUUAAUUUCUGGAGUUUGACUUGAUAUGAAACAGUCCUGUGUAAUUUUAAAAUCAGACAAGGAAAUUCAAGGUGGAUAAAGGAAAUGUGACAAAUAACAAAAGGGGGUAAUCCGCGGAAUAGAUGCAGAUAAUGGAGAUAAACUGAGGAGGCUUUCUUGAGUUACAAUCAGUUGUGCACAGUAUCAAUGCCUGGCUUGCAUGUCUUGUACACAUACAGAGAGUUGAUCGUCACUUUCAUAUUACAUCAUCCAAGAACAGGUGAUGCCAGCAAUUGUUGACAUGUAGGACAUAAAUCAUGCUGUACUAUCAAAUGUUUUUAUCAACAAUUCCAGCAAAAUUACCCCUACCUGACAUCCUAUUUGCCUCAUUCAGUGUCAUUUCAGGAAUGUUUUUCAUGUGACAUCAGGUAAAUUGCACACUGCUUUCUCUCCGAACUGGAAUAGUUUUUUUUAAAUGUAUUCAAAUGUAUUUAAUACUGAUGAUGGCAAUGGAAAUGUUUAUAGUUAUCUUUAGUACUGUGAGAAAUGGCAGCAUCACCUAGUUAAGCUGAGUAAAAGCAGCACAAAUAGUGAAAUGGGCAAAAUUUCCAAGUACAGUAUGUUUUUAUGGAGGUCUGAUUGCAGGCGUCCAUGCAUGUAUCAAACUCUGCAGUGUAGAAAUGUAGAAUUUUUAGUUUUGUAAAAAGACCUAAAGCACCACAUACAUCUUUGCUACAUCUAUCACUCUAUCAUACUUCUCUCACUUUCUCUUUUGUACUUUGAAU